AUGGCUGCCACGUUCUCCUCCGUGGCUGCCCCUUCCCUUCCCAAGCACGGCUCCAUUAUCAGAGCUCAGCAGCAGGCGCCUCCUUCCAUCAUCUCUGCAUCAACUAAGACUGCCUUCCAUGGGGUGUCGCUGGUGGACAGGAGGUGCGCGGCCGGCCACCGGAGAGGCAGCGGCGGGCGGCGGAGGCUGCUGCAGGUGAACGCGAGGACCGCCGCCAAGAACAUCGAGGUGGAGGUCGACAAGCCGCUUGGGUUAGCCUUGGGCCAGAAGCCCGGCGGUGGCGUCGUCAUCGCUUCUGUGGAGUCUGGAGGGAAUGCGGCACAAGCUGGUCUGAGAGCCGGCGACCAGGUCUUGUACACAAGUAGCUUCUUUGGAGAUGAGCUGUGGCCUGCAGAUAAGCUUGGGUUCACCAAGACAGCCAUCCAAGCAAAGCCAGACUCCGUCUACUUUGUCGUGAGCAGGGGUGCCGAAGUUGAUGUGAAGCGCCUACCUAAGAGGCCGGCACCGCCUCGGUUUGGACGGAAGUUGACUGAUGCACAAAAGGAGAGAGCAACACACAUCUGCCUUGAUUGUGGAUUCAUAUACUUCCUACCCAAGCCUUUUGAAGAACAGCCUGAUGAAUAUGGUUGCCCACAAUGCAAUGCGCCAAAGAAGCGAUUUGCAAGGUACGAUGCUGCCACUGGGAAGGCCAUCGGCGGUGCGCUGCCGCCUAUUGCAGUGAUCAUAAGUUUUGUAAUCGGCAUCGCCGGAGUAGGGGCUCUGCUUGUGUAUGGCCUGCAAUAG